CACAUAAGAAAGUCAAUGCGUCUCCAUAACUCCAUCAUUUCAAUUCCACGCCCCAAUUUUCCACCUGACAACUCUGCACUCUCCUCUCUUUCUCACCAGAUUAAUUAUGAUGAUCAUCCAUUUCUGCAGAUCUUUAGCUACCACAAACGACUACUUCUGGAUCCCCAAAUGAAACGAACACACCUCCUGCCGACCCUGCGAUCACCCAUUUCUCUACUGAUAAACCUGUGCAUCCUCUUCUUUUCCUUCCAACCAAGAAAAUCCUUCGGCGUGGACAACCCAUACUUUCAAGCAUGUGGUGUUCACAGUACCUGUGGUGACGGGCAAAACAUUAGUUUUCCAUUCUACAUCCAAGAUAAACCAAGAUUCUUAUGCGGCUACCCCGGAUUCCAGCUCUCUUGCAACAACAAUGGUCAACCCACCAUCAAUAUAUCUAACAGCAACUAUACCAUCCACAAUAUUUCCUAUGAAAGUCAUAUCCUUCGCGUCUCAAAUGCCGCCUUUUCCAAUUCCACUAACGAUUGUAUUCCUUUAGCAGAAAAUAUAUCCCUUCGUGGUAUCCGUUUCGAGCUAGCUCCAUACCAAUCCCAUGUACAUCUGCUUUAUGGUUGCAACUCUUCGUUGCAGCUUCGGAGGAGUGCUUUAGAUUUUUAUCCUGGUUGUGAUGGCGGAAACAAAAACGUUCCGGUUCUGGCUCUGCAUGAACGGGACCCGAAGCUGAGGUACGUAUCAGAAAGAUGCACGACUAGGGUGGUAGCUCCCGUUGAAGCUCAUGAGGGUGACAUUAGAGAGUCACUCAGAAGUGGGUUCUUGGUGAAAUGGAAGGCGAGCGAUUGCAGCAUUUGCAAGGAAAGUGGAGGACGGUGUGGAUUUGAUAGAAUGACGUACCUUUUCAAGUGCUUCUGCCCAGAUAGGCCUCAUGCCUCGCACUGUCAUCCAGCAGGGCGGAAGCACAAGAAUAAAGUGUUGCCGAUAGCCUUGGGUACUGUUGGAUGCUCUGCGAUUGUCAUUAUAAUUAUUUGCUUGGGUUUUCGUAUGUGGCAUUCUUACAAGAAAAAAAAUGCUUCCACAAACUUUUUGGCGAGGAAUAGUUAUGCUGUUCAAUCCUCAAGAUCAGACGUGGAAGGGGGGAGUGUCUACUUUGGAGUGCAUAUUUUCCCAUUCAAUGAACUUCAAGAAGCAACCAAUAACUUUGAUGAUGAAAAAGAACUUGGAGAUGGUGGAUUUGGGACUGUAUAUUAUGGGAAACUCCAUGAUGGGCGGGAAGUUGCAGUCAAGCGCCUAUACGAGCGCAACUGCAGACAAGUACAACAGUUUAUCAAUGAAGUUGAAAUUCUCACGCGCAUGCGCCACAAAAAUCUAGUGUCCCUUUAUGGGUGUACUUCACGCCGCAGCCGUGAACUUCUUCUCGUGUAUGAAUACAUUCCCAAUGGCACUGUUGCAGAUCAUAUUCAUGGAGAACGAGCAACAGCUGGUUCACUUCCAUGGCCUACGCGUAUGAGCAUCGCCAUAGAAACAGCUAGUGCAUUGGCUUACCUCCAUGCUUCUGAGAUCAUACAUCGUGAUGUGAAAACUAAUAAUAUUCUCCUUGACAACAACUUUUGCGUCAAAGUUGCAGAUUUUGGGCUUUCUCGACUCUUCCCCGAUGAUGUCACCCAUGUCUCGACAGGACCUCAAGGGACUCCAGGCUAUGUUGACCCCGAAUAUCAUCAGUGUUACCAGCUUACGAAAAAGAGUGAUGUCUACAGUUUUGGGGUUGUCCUCAUUGAGCUCAUAUCAUCUCUCCCGGCUGUUGAUGUAACUAGGCAUCGGCAUGAAAUAAACUUGGCUAACUUAGCUGUAAACAAGAUUGAACAGCGCGCAUUGCAUGAGUUGAUCGACCCACAUCUUGGCUUUCAGUCAGACGACGAAGUUAAAAGGAUGACCAUUUCAGUUGCAAGCUUGGCUUUCCAAUGUAUACAAGAGGGAAAGGAACUGAGGCCUUCCAUGGAAGAGGUUUUGGAGGCAUUAAAGGGUAUUCAAAUUGGUAAGGAUGCUGGAACUUUAAAUGUACACCCACCAACUUCACCGGAUUGUGAUGAGGUUGGAUUAUUGAAGAAGAAACAGCUGCCAGCUUCACCAAAUGCUGUGACUGAUAACUGGACUAGUAGAUGAUCUUCUACACCCAAUAUCAGUGGUUAAACUUCUUCUC